GGACUCCUCCUGAGGAUCUAAAAGACACGACUCCAUUAAUUGUAUCAGAGCCUGCAAGUGGUGAGCUUUCACCAUCUGUAUCCGGUAAACGAACUCCUCAAAUUGAGAAUCUAGAAGGCACGACUCCGUUAAUUGUAUCAGAGCCUGAUAGUGGUGAACUUUUACCAUUUGGGUCCGGUAAAGGGACUCCUCCAACUGAAGAUAUAGAAGACACGGCUCCAUUAAUUGUAUCAGAGCCUGCAAGUGGUGAGCUUUCACCAUCUGUAUCCGGUAAACGAACUCCUCAAAUUGAGAAUCUAGAAGGCACGACUCCGUUAAUUGUAUCAGAGCCUGAUAGUGGUGAACUUUUACCAUUUGGGUCCGGUAAAGGGACUCCUCCAACUGAAGAUAUAGAAGACACGGCUCCAUUAAUUGUAUCAGAGCCUGCUAGUGGUGAACUUUUACCAUCUGUAUCCGGUAAACGAACUCCUCAAAUUGAGAAUCUAGAAGGCACGACUCCAUUAAUUGUAUCAGAGCCUGCUAGUGGUGAACUUUUACUAUCUGUGUCCGGUAAACGAACUCCUCCAAUUGAGAAUCUAGAAGAUACAACUCUGUUAACUCCAUUAGAGCAUGCUAGUGGUGAACCUUCACCAUCUGCAUCCGGUACAGGAACUCCCGCUUCUGAUUUGUCUUCAGCGGAUCCAAACUUAGUUAUGUCAGAACUAGAUGGUGUUAGUUCCUUCCAAUCUGGUUCCUAUACAAGAACUCGUUCGCCCAGUACAACCGAUCUAACCACGUCUGGCACAUCUACACCAACCACUCUGAGUAUUCCGGUUAUAUUCGUUUCUAGAGCAAUGAUUGAUAUCGUGGAACUUCCAGAAGACAUUCAUACUCGUAACACAGCACCCAAGGACGACGAUAGUACUGAUCAGUCUCCUUUCUCCCACAAUGAUUCAAAUUAUUGA